AUGUCAAAUUUAGAAAGUCUUGCUUUGUAUUUAAUGGUAAUCAAUCGUCAUAUCAAAGAAAGAUUUAUUGAUGGAAAUGAUUCGAAAGAAAAUAUUAUUAAUCAUUUACCACGAUUAGAAAAAUUUGCAUUUAAUAUUCAUUCAAGAACUAUUUUUUUCAACCAAAUUUAUUUACCCUCAAAUGAAGACAUUAAAAAUACAUUCGCAAGUUUCAAAGAUAAUCAAAUUAUCUCUUGCGUUGAUUAUUCUCAAAACAAAAAAACUGGUCAAUGUCAUAUUUAUUCGCUGCCAUAUACAACAAAAUAUUAUAAAAAUAUAACUAAUAAUUUUCCAGGUGGACUAUUUAAAUGUGUUCGUGAAAUAUCAUUAUGUGAUGAACAUCCCUUUGAACAUGAUUUUUUUAUUCGAAUUGCUCAAGCAUUUCCAUAUCUUAAGAAACUACAUUUAACGAAUAGACAAUCACAACAAUACAAACAAUAUCAAUCUUCAAAAGAUACGAAGAGUAAAGAAUAUUCGAUUAUUAAAUAUUCUCAUCUUACUGAAUUAGAUCUUUCACUUGUUCAUGAUGAUUAUAUUGAACAAUUUCUUGAUGGUACUAAAACAUAUUUGUCAAAAAAUAUUAAGCUUUCUGUCGCAUAUAAGUCUCUACGAUCAAUAACACACAAUUUCACAAGAGAAACAACACGAAUCAAUUGUGCUAAAAUAAAUAAUAUAUAUUUUUAUAAUGGAGUUUUGGAAAUUCCCGAACAAUUCCGAAUGUAUUUUCCUCUUAUGAAACAUCGAUCAAUGUUAUCUUAUUUUAAAAUAAACUAG